AGUUAGGAGCACAGCUGCCUACGUAGAGCUGGACAGAUCAAGUGUACGAAGCGCUUUUCAUUUGACCUCCGCUCCGGGCAAAUUACUUUUAUUUGAUAUUGGAAUUCUUUUAGAAGAACAUUCGUGGGAAAAAAAACAUAGUUUCCCUCGGAAUACGGAUUUCGGAGGAAAAAAAAAAACAACGCGAAUAAAAACUAGUUUGAAUUGCGUAAUUUUUGGAGCGAGUUUUCGGACUUCACGAUGAGUGCUGUUGUGGCCACUGACGGCCUGUUCUUCUCCGCCUUACAGCCCAGCACCUCGGUCACAACAUAUGCGAUCCCGGCUGAUGACCUCCCCAGGAGAGAUCAGCUAUCGAAAGCCAGACGCGUCCAGCAGCAGGUCCAGCAGCGAAUGGCGGAGAAAUCCUCAUCCUCAUCCCGAAUUAACGCCUCUACAGAAUUUAACGGCCACUCAUCCACUGUGAGAUACCAAUCCAAAAGCCCUGGAUUCAGUUCCAAGUCUCUUAUCUACAAUGGCAACAAAACAAUGACGACGCCCCGACUGUCUCAGUGUGCAGGGGAAUUUUCUUCUCGCUCUGCGGUAGAAAUGGGCACACGGCAGAGAAUAAGCCAUGGUGUGCCCAUGCCUGCCGUAGUGGGCCGCCCAUACAUGUACCACGAUGAUUCACAUCUGAGUGGCUGUUACAACCAGAUGCAAACAUCAGAAUCGAGGACACUGAAUCGGACUGAGCAGGAGAUGUCAGCAAUGGGUGGGCUCACAUUGCAAAGGCAGCCAUCUCCUGUGGCGAACUGGAUGCCGUCCUAUGGCCACAGCCCUUCACCCAACGCGGUGCACAGGCAACGCACCCUCAGUGGGACCCUGGCACGGGAAGGUUUCAACACAGGAUGGAGGGAGGCAGAGUUGGCUAAUCAAUAUUCAUUUAAAGGCCCUUCCCACCGGACCAUCAACCGCAUAAAUAAUCGUCAGGUGCAGCAACAACAGCAGCAAAGACUGAGCGGCAGCUCAAUGCAGUGGCAACAGAUGUCCACUGGGGGCACCAGUCUGAUGGGUGCUGGGCAUUACCAAGGCACCAUGAAGAGAGCAGGGUCUGUGCAUAGUAUGAAGAGUGUCGGUCGCGGUGUAGAUGUUUAUGAUGGAUUGGCUGAUGGAACCGCAGAUGCUCUUGGCGGAAUCCAUAACCUGGACAUGACUACGGCAGUCAGUUACCUCUCUUCCACUGACGUUGCCAUGCAGAUGUUGGGAGCAGCCUACAUACAGCAUCAGUGUUACCACAGCAAUGAAGCCAAGACCAUGGUGCGCAGUUUGAAGGGCAUUUCAGCAUUAGUACAGCUGUUCAGCAGUGAAAACCAGGAGGUGCAGCGCUAUGCGACAGGUGCUACACGCAACCUCAUCUAUGAGAAUAUGGACAACAAGACAGCUCUUAUUGAAGCCGGUGGAAUUAGCAAACUAAUUGGUGCUUUAAGAGAACCAGAUGAUGAACUACGCAAAAACAUCACAGGCAUUUUGUGGAACCUGUCUUCUAAAGACAGUCUGAAGGAGAGGCUGGCUAGAGAAAGUUUGUCUGAGCUGACGGAGAGAGUGCUGGUGCCUCUGUCUGGAGGAGGAGAUGCUGGUGUCAUUCAACAGAGCGCGUCUGAGGCUGAUAUAUUCUUCAACACCACAGGUUGCCUCAGGAACCUGAGCUCAGUGAAUGAAAGAACCAGGCAGCAGAUGCGAGAAACUCGGGGGCUGGUAGACUCUCUGGUCGGAUACAUCGAAAACUCCCUACAGGAGGGGAAAGUGGAGGACAAGGGUGUAGAAAACUGUGUAUGUGUCCUGCGCAACCUGUCGUACCAGCUGUACUCUGAGAUCCCUGCUUCAGUUCAGAUGCGUUUGGAAGGACCCACUCGAGCACAGGACACACGGCACAAUGACCCCAUCGGCUGCUUCACACCACAGAGCAAGAAAGCAAAAGAUAGGAGUCAAGAGCUGUCCACCUUCUCUGAAGUGGCAAGAGUCCCUAAAGGAGCAGAAUGGCUGUGGCACCCUCAGAUAGUCGGUCUGUACAACCGCAUCCUGCAGAGCUGCGAGACAAGCACAGCGACACGUGAGGCAACAGCGGGAGCCCUGCAGAACAUCACAGCGGGCGACAGCAGGUGGGCCUCUGUGUUGAGUCGUGUGGCGCUGGAGCAGGAGCGGAUGUUGCCGGUGAUUCUUGACCUGUUGCGAGGCCCCACGGAUGCUGAGCUCCGUUCUCUCACGGGUCUGCUGAGGAACCUCUCCCGACACUGCAAAAACAAAGCUGAUAUGGCUACCAAAGUGGUGAAUACUCUGGUGAACAAACUCCCCAGUGAUGGAUAUCAGAAAGAACCUUCUAGUGACGUGGUGGUCAACAUCUGUGGGGUUCUCAACAAUCUGGUUACAGGAAGCUCUCUAGCUGCAAGAGAUAUCACUUACUUUGAUGGACUACCCAAGCUGGUCAGCAUUAAGACAUCUCAUGACAACAGUCCUGGGAAGCUGAAAGCAGCUAGGGCCGCCUCUACGGUUCUGUCCAACAUGUUUCAGUACAGCAAACUUCACAGAGACUACAAACAGAAAGGUUUCACAAGACGAGAUUUCACUGAUGCGACCAUCUAAUCUGUGUCCAUGACUCAGUGCUAAACCCAGUGGACAAGAUGGCAUUUGACAUCUAUGGGAUUUUACACAUCUUUACCACCAAAGGGAAUGCGACCAGCCUGCUUCUCUCAAACACACACAUAUUGUGACCAGUAGCGAAGAGAGUGAAUUCUAAUGUUUUUACUAGAGUAUACAUUUUAGUUAACAGCACCCUUAAAGUAUUACAACACGUCAGAGAUGUAGAGGAAUGCUUGUGGAGCACUUAGUCUAACAGACAGGCUGAUAAGCGUGUGUUUGUCAUGGUUGAAUUAAUGCUAUAAGCCUGUUUGAGAGAAGCCAUUAACAUCCAUUAGUUCCAUUACAUACUGCGGUCAAAGACUAAUUCCUUUUCAUCAGACCUGCUUCUUUUACAUAGAUUUGAAGUUUAAGCCUGUCCAGCCUCUCCGUCUUAUCCUAAACAUACAUAUAUAUUAUUUUUUUAUUUUGCACGCAGAUAUUCACAGUUCAUAGGCUAAAAUCAUGACCUUUACAGAAAGAGAGACUGAAGUAGACUGUGAACUAAAAUGUUGUAGUUGUUUAUAACUAAAGAAACAGAUUUGCUUGUUUUGCAAUAAAUAUUUGAGAUUGUUGCUUUUCAUGUAACAUUUGCUGCAGGCUUUUGUAGUUGUUACAGCUAUAAUAGCCUUGGAUUUUGAGUGCAAAUGAGCUUACAAAUAACAUUGCACCUGAAAUAAACCUUUGAACCUAU